UAAACGUCACCAUCUGGUUUUGCUGGGAUUUAAAAGCACAAACUAAAACACACGGGGUCAGAGACACCUUUUCAUAUGAGGUGUUACAGGAAUAAACAGGGGGAAGCGUUACACGAAUAAAACAUCUUUUUGUGUGUUAUUAUUAGUGGGUUUUCCUCACUAUGUGUCUACAUUUCAUUGGACAGCAGAUAAUCAGGGAGAGUUUGCACAUCACACUCUUGUGCUGUCCGUAUGCACUAAGGUGAUAAACCAGCUGAUGCUUUUCUCUCCUUGAAAAGCCUUCUGCUUUAAGAUGCCCUCCCCGGACCCGAGAAGUGGUCCAAUCGCCCUCGUUUCUCAGUCACCUGAUUCAUGUGCUGCCAUUUUACACACAAGUUUGACUGACAAAAAAAAAAAAAGAAAAGAAAAGAAAAAACAUCAGAAUUGGCCUAUCGGAAACCUCAGCAGAGAAAUACACCCUUUUGUAAAGAAGAUUAAAAAGACUGGGGAUAAAAAUCACAGCGGCUGAGGUUUGAUGCAGCCAGCGCGGGGUGCUGUGUGCGGAUCAGAGAGGCGCUUGCAGUCGGAUCUGUGCACACGUUCAGAGGAGAUACCGGGUGAAGAAGAAGGAAAAGGGGAGGGAAAGGACAAUGCUACAGCCUGUGUCUUUGAAAAAUUAGUCUUCAGUCAUGGUGAUGCCGCAUAGAUUUCAUAAUCAUCGCCGGCCGUCUUUCGAUCACUGACAUUGCUUUUUUGGGAUUCAGCGCUCUGGCACGGACUCUCUGCGCCGGCAUUUCACCCUCAGCAGCGUCUAUUUCAGGGAUACUGUAGAUUAUAUUAAUACAUUGACCAGCUUUGGAUGCAGGCCGCUCUGACAGGCUACACCGAUUUUCUUCUUUUUUACAAGCAGGUUGAUUAUUUCUGCAGCUGGGCCAUCCUGUUGCCCUGCGCUGGAUUUUUGGAUGCUUCUCUGGAUGUGUGACCGUUUAACGCUUUAUUUGGCCGCCGCAUGAAUUCUCCCACCGGAUCCUCGUCCGUGUACGCUGCUGUCCUCCACCACCACCUCCUCCUCCUCCUCCUCUUCUUCCUCCUCCGGCCGAUUCUCACAGAGGGCACUACCCUCCUCCUCCUCCUCUUCCCUGCCGCUAAAGACAUUUUGAUCGUCCUCCCCGGUUCCCCCCACCCGGACUCGACCAUCACUCCUCUGCCUGCCGCCUCAUCCUCCUCCUCCUCCUCCACCACCACCACCACCACCACCACCGCCGCCGCCUCCUCCUCCUCCGUAACAUGUCGGGACAGUCUUUGACCGACCGGAUCGCCGCCGCACAGCACAGCAUGACCGGGUCUGCCAUCAGCAAAGCCGUCUGCAAGGCCACGACGCACGAAGUCAGCGGACCCAAGAAGAAACACCUUGACUACCUGAUCCACUGCACCAAUGAGCUGAACGUCAGCAUCCCCCACCUGGCAGACACACUGCUGGAGCGCACAACUAGCAACAGUUGGAUUGUGGUUUUUAAAGCGCUCAUCACCACACACCACCUCAUGAUGUACGGCAAUGAGAGAUUGAUGCAGUACCUUGCCUCCAGGAAUACACUCUUCAACCUCAACAACUUUCUAGAUAAGGCUGCACUACAAGGGUAUAACAUGUCAACCUUCAUCAGACGCUACAGCCGCUACCUGAAUGAAAAAGCCAUGUCUUACAGACUAGCAGCGGUGGACUUCACAAAAAUGAAGAGAGGGGCUGAUGGUGUGAUGCGCACCAUGAACACAGAGAAGCUGAUUAAGACUUUGCCCAUCAUUCAGAACCAGCUGGAUGCACUGCUGGAUUUCCAGCCAAACUCCAACGAGCUGACGAACGGAGUGAUCAACACAGCCUUCAUGUUGCUGUUUAAAGACUCCAUACGGUUGUUUGCCGCUUAUAACGAAGGCGUCAUCAACAUGUUGGAGAAAUACUUCGACAUGAAGAAGAACCAGUGCAAAGAAGCUUUGGAGAUCUACAAGACCUUCCUCAACAGGAUGACCAAACUGUCUGAGUUUCUCAAAGUGGCGGAGCGAGUUGGGAUAGAUCAGGGCGACAGCCCCGAUCUCACACAGGCUCCCAGCUCUCUCCUGGAGGCUCUGGAGCAGCAUCUAGCCUCUCUGGAAGGCAGGAAGCUCAAGGACCUCUCCACCGCCAGCAGAUCCAGCACCUUGUCCAGUGCAGUGUCAUCUCUCUCCAGCACGGGGAUCUCUCUCAGCCGUAUGGAAGACAAGACGGAGGACAACCGACUGCAGCAACACAAGGAGGACGGUCACAAAGUGAUCGACAUUCAGACACCUAACGUGUCACCCAGCACCCAAUCAGUGGGCAGUGCCAACAGCAGCGGAGGGGCCACAGAUCUCUUCUCUAACUCACCUAUUGUACCCGUCAACAACCAUGUGCCAAACCUGACUAGUGAGCUGUUCACCCUGCAGCCUAACUUCACCCCCAUCCAGACCACACACACUGUGCCCAACAACAACAACGCCUGGGGAGGUGACUUGCUAAAGCCAUCCCCACCCACUCAAAUUCACAGUCCUGGAGCCCCGUUGCACUCUGGGAAGAUGCUGCCCAAUGAUUUGGACUCAUCCUUAGCCAACCUUGUUGGCAACCUGCAGUUUGGGGGGACGCCAGCUAAAAAGCCAGAGCUCCAGUGGAGUCAGCUGGUAGAGAAGAAGCCGACGGGUGGUAGUGGCUGGCAAUCGAAGACCAUGUGCACCAGCACCAACUGGACUCACACCACCCAUCCCAUGGCACCUGCACCCAUGCCCGUUCCUCAGAUGAAUGGGAUGAUCUAUACUGGCUAUGCUCCAGCACCAGUGGCUUUUCCUAUGACGACACCCCAAGUGCCUGUGUAUGGAAUGCUCCCUCCUCAGAUGAAUCAUCAGAUGGGGGGCGUUCCCAUGAUGCCCCCACAGCAUGUCAUGUAUAACCAGCCUGUCCUGAGACCCACCAAUCCUUUUGGACCCAUCCCAGGAACACAGAUGCACUUCAUGUAGGGGAUGAUGUUGUAACCAUGGCAGCAAAGCUGGGAGAGAGAAGGCGAGUGGAAAGAGACAGAGAGAAAGAGUCGGCAGCGAACGCAAAUCCAGAACCAAAAUCCAGCACAGGGGAAAGAAAGAAGAGGGCAGAGAGGAAGAAAAAGGGGAGGGGAGAGGACGAAGGAGAGAGGAGGACCAGAGGAUGGAUAGAAGAUGAAACGCUGAUGUCAGUUUCCAUGUCACCUGACCCUCUAAUCUCCUCUCCUCUCUCCGUGUGGCUACUGAUCUCUCUGUCUUUGAAUCUAUAGUGCUGGGGCACCAGAGGCUCUGCAUUAGUCCCACUCAUUCUUUGCUUGAUUUGCCGGUUCAAAUGGCAAUUACGACCUGUGAUGACACUAUGAGGACUGACAGCUCGUUGGAAGUGCAGAAGCUCUUUUGCCAUUUCCCCCCCACCCCCCACCCCCUCAUACUGAUAAUUUCCUGUAUAAAGGCUUACCCGCAUCUCUCGCCAUCCCUCAGCUGAAUCAAACUUGGAGGACACGCGUCUCUUUCUCUGAUUGGAUCGUUUGCUGGCACUUUACUCUAUGUGACCUUUGCCAAGGGUGUAUUUCUGUGUAGGUGAUUUUUAGCAUCUUGUUCCGACUGGUUCCCAGUAACGUGUCAUCCAUCCAUCACCUGAUGUCAGAAGUUAUUGAUUUGAAUGCGUGCGUGUGUGUUCAUGUGUCUACGCGUGCGUGCGUGCGUUCCUUUUUCUACAUUUCAGCGUGCUGCAUCCACGCAUCCAUUUGAGUCUUUUUAUGAGCUCCAUUUGUUCUUAAUUGCCAAUUUCACAGAGAGAAUCGGGCGUAAAACAAUUGGCACGCUUGUGUGAUUGUGGAUGGACGUGGAGCUGUGUAGGGUGUGCUGCAGCGUGUGUUUCUCUUUUGGUACCUGAUGUCAUUAAUGUGUUGCCAGGUACCAACGUGUUACUGCACUGGAACUAACUGAUGAAAGCACUGAGCCAGACCCAGGCAUCACAUCUGGAUGUAAACAAACCUCCGCUACUUGGGGACGUGAUGUACACACUGUGUUUCGUUUCGUUUUUUGGGGUUUUUUGCCCUCUUCUACAGCCGUGCAAUAUCAUGCAAUCUCAUUAUACACCCAUUUGUAGCCCGGUUAGAAGCCUUUUUCUGCUGUAGUGUCGGAGUUCCUGUAUGUCCACAUGAGAUUUCUGUACAGAAUACUGUUGAUUUUUUUUUCUCGUUUUCUAAGCUGUUCUGUUAACAACUGAACUGCUCUAAAAGUUGUGAAAAAUGCACUGAGAGCCACACAGGAGGUGAGUUGACAUUAGGUGAAUUUCAAUCUAGCAAUCAGAAAUGGUCGAACUCCCAGCUGUAUGAUAUCCUCCCUGUCCUGAGCAUUUGUCCUGUCCAAAAUCCUCCUGUCAAGUCCUUAUCACCCCCACCCUACCCACCCCAAAAAAUAAUAAAAUUUAAAAAAAAAUGGAUGAGGGUAGAAGUCUCACCUCCACUGGGAGGAUUUAAAGAGAGCCACUGAGAAGCGAGUUAUUAAUGUAGAGUGGAACGUUUAUGGACAGGACAGCUAAAGGUCAGUCUGGAGCGUCAAGUGAACGACAGCAGUGGAAAGCAGCUGAGGGUAAUGUCUGUCGAUCACGGCCCGAGCAAAGCCCGCAGCGACGGCGCGCAGAUUAAUUCGGACAGCCAGAGACAGGGAGGCUCUAAUGAGACAUUAAAUGUUAAUGUGGAUUUUCUAGGAGAUCCAAGGUCGAGUUAGACUCACAGUCAGAUGAUAUAUAUAAAAAUAUAUAUAGCACAAACCUUCAAAGAGGGGACAAUGCUCUGCUGCACAAAAACCUAAAAUCAUUGCUGGGAUGUACAGUCGAAAGGGGCAAUAAUCGAUUGGGUAUGAAGUCGUUUUUUUUAUUGGUUGUGUCCGUUCUAUGUACAUGUACUGUAUGUGUGUUUGUGUGCACAUGCCUUCCCAUAGAGAUAAACAGGGUCAUGUUCCUCGGUUAGAGGUUACACAUCUCUAUCGAGCUGGUAGCUUGUACUAACUUAGCAAUGAGUGUUAUUGUGACCGUGUCUGUACAACAUCACAUCAUUUUAAGGUGGCUCUAGGUUCACUCAUCUGCUGUAAAACGCAAAAAACAGGGGGAAAAAGAAAGCCCCAAGUCAUCAGAUGUGGAAUCUGUCAAAGUGAGUCUGAAGCAAACUUCUCCAAAGAGCUGGAAGUGCACAGGCUGGUGAUUUCUAACAAAAAAAAAGAAUCGCAACUGUAACUGCUGGCUAUGUAAAAACCAGUCUCACCGCAGCUACAACUCUACUACCAGCAGAGAGAGAUUUGUGCUAGGAAUCACCGGGCAGGCAGAUGUUCUCUUCGAGGUUUCACUUUUGAAUGAACAUAAAUGUAAGAGGUCAGCUGAGAUUUGGGUAUUUCCUUCGGGAAAAUGUCGCGCCAUUAAUCCUUGUUGUCGUUCUCCGUCAGAUGAAUGAGCUUUUCAUUGUGCACUUCACUCCCACCAACAGAGCUCGAUCCAUCCUGGGCCAACCUCUGACUGUUACUGUGUCCUCUGUAUAUAGGUAAUGCUGUUCAUGUGUUUUUAGACGUGCUCUCUCUCUCUCUCUCUGUAAAGUGAUCGAAGCCCCAUUGGAUGACGUACUGUACGUGGGACAAUUUAUUGCUGUAUCUGUGUUUGAAUGGUUGUACUUUGAAGGUGUCAUCAUCCAGGGAUGG